AUGUUUAGCGGAAGUACGGCAGCAUACGACGCGACACGGGCGGAGCGCUUUGAACGGUGGCUGCUUGCCGAGAGCUUCCCGCCGUCGUACACCGACGCCGUCGCAUCCGUGGGGGAGACGGAGCUGCUCGCGGCGACGGAGCUGUUCCGGGCGCAGUAUCACGAGUACUAUCCGAACCGGGCCCCGCUACUGCUCACCCCGCUGAACGAGUGCCGCACCCGCAAGAUGAUCUGCACCUUCAUCAAACCGACUGUCUUCGUCUUUGAGGAGAUGUUUGACUUGGCGGCGUGCGCCCGCUACUUCGCGGGGUACAUGCGCUACGAGGUCCUCGAGGAUAUGGAGGAGCUGCCGGAGGUCGUCGUGUCCCCGGCGACGGCACUGCAGUGGCAGGUGGGCAACUGCUUUGAGUUAAGCCUUCUUCUUGCCUCCGCGCUCGCGGGGGCGGGGUACAACGUGUACGUUGUUGUGGGCUACGCGCGGCGGUUCGUCUGCGAGAACGACCAGACGAGGCGUAUGUGGACUGACAGCGAGGGCCUUUUUGACGAGGUAGCGUCCGACGACGAGCAGGAGGUAGAGCCGGAUCUCGACGCAGAAUACACCCAACUCGUGAAGGACCGGCCGCCGCUGCGCGGGGUGCACGAUCCCGAGCCAACUGCUCCGCAGCAGCACCAGAAGCAGGCAAAGGAACAGGCGGCGAACCCUGCGGUGCUUGGGGCGGCGGUCGCCGAGGAUGCGGGGGGGGUGCGUGCCGCUGGCCCGCAGACUCUCGAUGAGGGGGAGAAGGCGAAUGAGGAGAAGAGGCAAGCGCCGCAGCGGCUGCUGCACAGCUGGCUGCUUGUCCUGCCUGGGGGCCGCAAGAGUCAGAGGGAGGUAGUCUUUGUGGAGCCCUCAACGGGGGAGUUAAUCCCACACAGCGCAGCGGACACCUUUUACAAGGGCAUUGAGGCCGUCUUCAACAGGCGCAACUACCAUGUGAACCUCGCGCCCAACGUCCCGGUCAGUGCGCUCACGCUGGACCUCGCAGAUGGUACCCAGUGGGAGGGCAUGCUGUUUGACCCCGACGCGGAGGAGGAGCAGGAGACGUCGCUUCAGGCCACCGGCAAGCGAUUCAACCACAACACCACAACGGGUGUACGGUGGUGGACGUGCAGCGGGGGGGAUACAAGCUUCCCAAACUUGACCGCCACCACGAUGGCAGUCGGGGGCACCAUCAGCAGUGGCGCCACCAGUGGUUGUCUGCUGGCAGCUGGCACGAUGAAUGUUUUUGCCCACACGCUGCGUGACAAAGUAUCGCGGCACGGCUUCAGCUCGUGGGUGCAGGACCUGACGCUCAGCCGGGAGCAGUACGAGCGUCGUUACCCAGGAGGCAUGAAACUCGUCCGCUACGCCAACGCGGAGGUGCGGUGGUUUGCGCCCCAUGCGAUGCCGGACCACCGCGUAACGGAGCUGUGGCUUCCCGACACGACUUAUCCUCAUCAAAAGCAGGUUCACACGCUCUUCAAGCACCGGGCUGACAAGCUACGGCGCCGCUCCAUCUACCCUCUCAAGGACGACGGUUACGAGAGUAACCUCAGCCGCGACAAUGACGCGAAAGAGGCGGGGGGCGUCCACUAUAGAAAUCUUAAUCCGCGCGCCGGCGAGCCCGAACCAUAUCGUCUGUUGAAGGAGUGGUACGACCGCGGCAGAAUGCGGGACGCCUCCGUGGAGGGGCUGCGCCUCUUCACACACGGGCCUGGCGUGGAGCGCACCAUGACCUUUUACUGGGACGCGCGCGAUGACGGCCUGUGGAGGCGCCAGGAACUCUUCUACGAGGGCUGCAUGCUGCGCAAGGUGAAGGAGUUUUACCGCCAACGCGACGACCGUCUGUGGUACCGCAGUGCCUCCUUUGAGCGCAGCGGUGGUGUGCAGCGGAUGUCGCGGAACCGCAGCAGCGUUUUUAGCGAGCGCCAGGUUGAUGAGACGCAGCGUGUGGAGCCACUGCGGGUGAGUGAAAAGUACCACCGCAACGAGGCGCUGCCGCCGGACGAGGACGUGGCGAAGUACACCUUUGUGCGCUUUGUAAACGGCAGCGGGGGGGAGAUGUGGGUGUACUUCCACUACCGGCCCGGCAGCAUCAUACGCCCCUACCGCAUGUACACAAAGGCAGCACGUGGGGAGGAGUAUUUGGCGUCCACCGUCGCUGGCAGCUUCCCGGCGGCGCUGCCGUGCACCAUCGUCCUCAUGCCGAACGCUGUGGAGCCGUCUGAGCUGGAGCAGUACAACGAGCGGAAGCGGCUCGCCUGGUGGGAGAGCGUCUGCCUCGGCAAGGUGCGGGGGAUGAUGACGGAGUGCAACGGCAUCCUCGCCGCCCUGCGGGAGGCGCGUGAGCCAGAGGUGCGGGGGGUCCUCUCCGUCUUCGACACUCUGCGCAACCGGCCGCACGAGACGGAGGCGGAUCGUGCCCGCAAGCUCGCGGAGGAGGCGUCACGCGAGGCCUCCCGCAAGGACUAUCUUGCGCCGUACAUCGCGAAGCUGGAGCUCCCGGGCAGCUUUGACGGUGACUACCUGAACGUCACCCUCACCCUCGACCAGGCGCGGCAGGUGCGGGGCGAAGCGCUUCGGGAGCUGAAGGAGCGCCUUAUUCAGCGCGGCCACAUCAUGAAGUCUCAGAUGGACGCGGAGAAGAAGGAGUUCAACGAACAACAGGCGGCAUACCAGAACAAGUUAGACGCUGCCGGUCUUGACGCCGGCCGCGAUGAAGAGGAGUUCGCAAAGUACUGCAAGGAGGCCACGUGGCGCGUGAAGGCGCUCGACGAACGACUCUCCAAACACAUUGAUCAAUCCAGCGAGAAGUACGCCAAACUUGCGCAGCGCCUCGCAGAGGAUCCACGGCUGGCGGCGCUGUAUAAAGGGCAGCAACAGCUGCCACCGCCGUCGUCGUAG